AUGGGCAGGACCUCAUCAAAGAACUUGGACAUCACCCCUUAUAGAGAAUGGAGCUUCUCUCAGCUGGAUCUCUUCGAUCAGGCCCCCAUUCUCCGAACGAUACACGGAGCAGUGAGGCUGAAGAAGCGGCCAAAGCCUGAACCUCCACCCAGAGAACUUGAUCUGCUGCGCUAUGAUAUGAAAGACUUGUGGAAAAGUCCCAAACCUGCCCUUUAUUUAGGGGCGGCAGGUCUGAUCCCCUUUGUCUUCCCCACUGUGCUCAUGGCUGUAACAGAGACCUAUUACCCACAGCUGGCUUAUGCACAGUUAGCCUAUGCUGCUUCCAUCAUUUCUUUCUUGGGUGGUGCUCGGUGGGGAUUUGCACUUCCAGAGAGCAGCCCAGCCAAACCCGACUGGAUAAACCUAGCCAACAGUGUGGUUCCCUCCCUGUUAGCAUUUGUGACCAUGCUGAUGAGCGACAGCAUUGUCCCUGCUACCACUAUGGUCACCAUGGGACUGGGGAUCUCUCUGCAUUAUGAUCUGUCCCUGCUUCCAACUUACCCAAGCUGGUUCAAAGCCCUGCGCGCCAUCCUAACCAUAGUGGCUUUUUUUUCUCUGCUUGGUACUUUAAUAAUGAAUGGUGUUUAUCCAGAAAAGUGCAUUUAUGGAGAUUGA